CUAAAUAUAUCAAUUAGUUAUUGCAUACAGGUAAUGUUUACAUACUUGUUUUAUUGCGACAGUUUUUGAUAAUAUCAUGGCAACAUCAUCACCAAAUAUCUCCGCACGAAUAUUUUAUGGCCUUCGGACUGACAUUCAAUACAAUGCUCAUUAUUUGACGGAAUCUGAAAUUAUUUAUCCAGCCGGUGGAGUUAUUGUAAUUCAUAAUCAUCUACAAAAGAAGCAAAAGUUCAUCAGACUGCAAGAUAAACAUAAGCCUAUAAAAUCUUUAAUUUUGGCACCUAACAGGCGAUGGUUAGCUCUUAAUGAAAUAGCAGAAGAAGGGCAAAAGCCAAUAAUAACUAUUUACGAUCUUACGACUUACAAGAGGCGUAAAAUUCUGACUGUACCAUUUGAAAACUCUACGGCAAAAGAAUUUGCAUGUGUUCAAUUCACUUUCGAUUCUAAGUAUCUUGUAGCAAUCACAGGUGAACCGGACUGGUACUUGUAUUAUUAUAAUUGGGACAAAGGGAAGGUUGAAAGUCAUGCCAAAGCUCAGAAUCCUAGUGGCCAAGGAAUUGUUGAAAGUAUACAAUGCAAUCCCACAGAUGCAACACUUGUAGUAAUUACCGGUCCGUUCACAUUUCGUAUUAUGAAUGUCGCUGAAACAGUUUGGCGACAGUGGGGGUGGUGUAAAGCUGAAAAUAUCAACAUAACUAGUUGCAUGUGGCUAACUUCAGAUCGAAUAAUGUUUGGGACAAAUGACGGUGUUAUAAUGGUGGUGGAAAACGGAGAACUCAGACAAAACUGCGUUUUUAGAGCUACAGAGAUCAUGGAAAUGUCCCUAAAGAAAGUUGAGGCUGAAGCCGAGGAAGGGGAAAAGGUGAGCAUUAGUAGUAAACAAGACACUACAAGUGAACCCACUGUAUUAGAAGAAAGCUAUCCUGUUACUUGCUUUGUGAACUUUCCUAAAGGAUUUGCAUUUGGUUGUGGUCCGGGUUACGUUCACAUGUUUGAAAAGGAAACUCCACAUCACUGGCGAAAACGAAAUGUCUACAGAAUUUCCAAGAAAUCUUACAAGCACACUCGCGAGCAUCCGUUAUGGUCACCAUUAGACGCCAUACAGCAUAUUACAAUCGAUCCUAAUCAAGAAACGUUACUUAUCACAACACUGCGAAAACAAUUAUAUUACGCCAAGUUAUUUGGACAACAUAUGUUGCAGAAUCCAGAAAUUGCUUUUGCCGAACUUGGGCCUGCCAUGCACUACGGUCCUAUAAACUCACUCUCAAUGUGCGCAUGGAAGCCUAUAUUUAUGACAUCAGGAGAAUUAGAUAAAAGUAUUAGAAUAUGGAAUUACAUGACUGAUGAUGUAGAAAUGAUUAAACUUUAUCAAGAGGAGAUACACUGUGUUUCUUUGCAUCCAACCGGUUUAUUUGCAAUAGUUGGAUUUUCCGAUAAAUUGAGAUUCAUGGUAGUACUGAUAGAUGACUUCGAAGUGAUGCGCGAGUUCCCCAUUAGAAAUUGCAAACGCGCGAAGUUCAGUACAAACGGACAGAUGUUCGCUGCUGUCAACGGCCAAGUCAUUCAAGUGUUCUCCUCAAUCUCUUUUCAAAAUGUUUAUAACUUAAAAGGUCAUAAUGGAAGGAUAACAUGUCUAGCCUGGUCUGCAAAUGAUCUAACACUAGUGUCUUGUGGUAUGGAGGGUGCAGUGUACGAGUGGAGUAUGUCUACGGGUCAAAGGGUGGGCGAAUUUAUACUGAAAACUAAUCAGUUCAACGCUUGCGCCGUCAACAGUAUUGGGAAAUCAGCAUACAGCGUUGGAUCAGACGGAGAAAUUAAAGAAAUUGGUUCGAACACACUCCGAAGGAAUUUAGGACUAAUAAACUGUGCCCUGGAUACCAUUGUUUUGUCACGGUCCGACAUGAUGCUAUUCAUUACCGGCGGUGAAGGAGGCGUCACGUCUGUCCAGCUACCACUCUUAGACAAGGCAAUAUUCAAUGAGUUCCAUGUGCACAAUAAAAAGGUUACCUGCAUUGCACUUUCAUAUGAUGACCAAACGUUAGUAUCCGUGGCUCAAGAUGCAUCUAUCUGCUUGUGGCGACUUACGAACGCAGACGGACGAGCAAUCGCACUUGAUAAGGAUUUUGCGUAUUCAAAAGAGAUAUUGAUAAGCAAAAAGGAUUUACAGGAAAAAAUAAAUAGUAUAAACUUAUUAAGCACGAGGAUGAGCGAGUUAGAAACUGAACACACGUAUCAGUUACGUCAGGCCGAAGCGACGCAAGCGGAAAAACUAAAAGAAGUUCACGAAGGCUACUGUGCCGCCAUCGAAGAACUGAAGGAAAAGAAUGAGCAAAUGGAAAAUGAGCAUACUCAUGAAAUAGGAAUGAUUCAGCAAGAUAUCACCAAGCUCCGGUCGGGUCAUGAGAGAACGCUGCAAGCUCUGGAAGCAGACUUCAAUAUCAAACUAAUUAGCGAAUACGACAGAUAUCAGAGCCUCGAGGAUAAAACGGCUAGAAUGAGAAAAGACUAUGAACAACGUCUCGAGGAACUUGCCGAAAGUAAGCGGCAAGCUCUAAGGGAAAUGAAUAACAUGUUCGAAUCUAAAUUGGAAGAAAAAGAUAUUCUUUUACAAGAGUUGCAAGAACAAGCUGAUAUGGAAACAAAGGAGCAUGAAACUAUAAAGGCAUCAAUUGAGGAAGAUGCGGAUCGUGAGAUAAUAGAAAUCAGAACCGCAUAUGAAGUACAAUUGAAAGAAGAAAAAGAUGCUAAUGUACGGUUAAAGGGAGAGACUGGUCUAAUGAAGAAAAAACUAAUAAGUGCUAAUAAGGAAAUUGAUGAAUUCAAACAUCAAGUAUCCCAAUUGAAAGCUGAACACAAACAGUUUCAAAAAGUUAUAUCAACUUUGGAACGUGAUGUGGCUGAUUUGAAAAAAGAAAUAUCAGAGCGAGAUGGCACUAUUCAAGACAAGGAAAAGAGAAUAUAUGAAUUAAAACGAAAGAAACAAGAAUUGGAAAAAUAUAAAUUUGUAUUGAAUUUCAAGAUAACAGAGCUGAAAAAUCAGAUAGAGCCGUUAGAACGCGAUAUCAAAGAAAAUAAGUUGCGUAUACUUGAACUGGAAGUGUCUCUUGAAACUCUUUUAAAACAAAAAGAUUUUCGUGAACUUAAAAUUAAUCAAUUAAAUGAAAAACUGUCGUCCGCCAAAAAAGACUUUAUGAGUGAAGCUGAAAGAAAUUUGACACUAAAAAAUACUUUGAAGAAAAUCAAAAUAGACCUACACAAUAUGACUGCUAAUUUCCAAGACCCGGCCAAGUUAAAAUCGAAUGUUAAAGCCCUUUUUCACAAGUAUGUUGAAGACAUAGACUUCGUGCGUAGUCGAGUAGCAGAGGACGAAGCAAUAAGGGAAUUUAACAGACAACGUGACCACUUAGAGAAGCAAGUCGCUGCUCUCAAACAACAGCUUUCCAAGUCCGUGGGUGGUUCUAAGAGCGAUAUCGGAAAAAUUAUGGAUGAAAAUUGCACACUUCUCACGGAGAUUAACAAUUUGCGAACGGAACUCAAAUCGACACGUACACGAUGUUUCCAAAUGGAGUCGAUCUUAGGACUAUCCGCGCGGUACAUUCCACCAGCCACUGCUCGAGCUAAGCUCAAGCAUGUUACUGAGGACAGGGAGAAAAUUGACGAAAAUUUCAAACAGAAAGUAGAGGAACGUGAAGAGAUAAUAGUUGCUUUAAAAGAGGAAAACGAACGCUUGCUUAGUAAAGUGCGGUGUGUAGAAGAAUCUGACAUGAUGACAGAGGUUGAUAAUGAUGUUAAUAAAAACGAAGGCUAA